AUGGCGAAGGUUUGCCAGGAACAUGGGGGUCCUGAGAACUACCUUCGUGUGCGUUUCCAGAGCCAAGAGCAUUUGCAGGAAUGGAUGAAUUACCUCAUCAACCUUGUGCCUUUGGAUGCGGCAGAGUUCAACUUCUCUGCUGACUUACCUGGUACCAAGGUCGACGCUGUGCAGAAGACCAAAACCUUCAUCGUGCACCCAGCAUGCUUCUCGUACGUGCCAGAGUCUUCAGUGAAGGGCCCGGCAGAGAAUGACGUGGUCAAUUUGAUGAUGGAAGAGAUUUUGACUGAUGGCUUCAUCACUUCUGGUGAACCGUUGAUGCUGCUCCAGAGUAUUGGUCUAAGCAAUGGACCCUACCAGGCAGCGGUGGCUGCGCCUUGGAGGCAGAGUCUGGACACGAUGAUGCCUUUCAGCCUGGGGUACUUCAAGGCCAAGACGAGAGUUACUGUCUUGAUGGCUAUGCUGGCCCUCGCACGGGACAUUGGCUGUGACAACUAUGCUGAGGUACACCCUGAUCUUCUCAGCACUGUCCGCUGCAUUCAUGCAAAGCGAAUGCUGGUGGCGUCGAAGAAGGUGAACGAUCACAACAGCAGGAACUCGAAGAGUGGCCAACUCCUGUCGCAGAAGGCACAGUCCGUCCGAAACAUCAUGCAACAUUUCGACAAGGAGGCACGCGAGGCACUCAUUGCCUACACCAUUGAGAUCGGGCACGAAAACACUGGCUGGUUCAAGUGCAAUGCGGGUCCUGUAUGGCAAGCUCGUGGCAAGGUCACCAAGGAGAGCAAUCGGCUGAUGGUCCAACACCAAGUGCAUUGCCAUCGCAAAAUCCUACCAUCUAUGCGCAGAAAGAUCGACAAAGCACAAAUGGAGGCCUCGGCUGAGGAGGCAGCCUUCGUGAUGUCUGUGAGGGAAGAGGUCCUGGCAUUGAUGCCGGUUUCCCCUGACUUGCUGGAGGAGAAGUGGGUUGGCAUGUUUAGGCAUGGGGAUCCCAGUGUGCUUCUCGAAGUGCAAUCAGCCAUCAUGAACCGGGACUGUACCAAUGUGCGGGAUAUCCCCUCAAUUGCUGCAGUGAUGAACACGCACAAUCAAAGUGCACCACUUCCGAGUGUGGCAGUGCAUGAGAUGUCGAAGUUGGAAGAAGAAACGUUCUCACUACGCAUGAAACAACUUCAGUACGAUGUGCAGGCAUGCCGAGUGGCCAAGGCCAAGAUGUCUUCCUAUGAACUCCAGGUGCAUCACACGAAGCUCCAAUACCGAGUCAAAGUGUAUGAGGAGUCAUUAAAGGCGGCUAGGGUUUUCAUCAACGACAAUUGCAAGGUGAUCACCUACACCCAAAGUGAUGACUUGCUCCGGUCAAUUCAGAGCUUCAUGAGUGACAAAACCGAGCGCUUGAAACUCGAUGCAUGCCUGGUUUUCCUCAAUUGGAGUGCUCCUUCGACACUGAAGGCCAACGCACGGGCCGCCCAAUCAUCUGGCGCCUCGUUCAUCUUGUCCCAAUCAGCCCGCAGUGUUGGUUUGCUCCUGGAGCCAGAGUUCACUUACAAGAAAGGGGAGUUGUGGAUGUUGGAGGGCAGCACCAUGAAACAGUUGGCUCACCAUGGAAUCUCGCUGGAUAAGAGUUUCUCUCUUCAGUUCAAAGAGAAGGUGGACCAACGUGACAACAUGCGACCACUGAACUACCGUGGCCGUUUCAUGGAAGGGCUGAGUACCAAAUCCAACAAGGAGUUCACUUGGAAAAACGCCCCUCUGUGGCGUGAGGGUCGCACUGAACUUGCCACCCAACUCCACACCAAGGACAUGGUAAUGAUUGAAACCCCCCUUGAAGACCAAUCCCGCGGUGUUGCAAUCAGUGCUCCUGAAGGCGAAGAGCACCUGUUUGGUGGUGCCCGAAAAGUGGAGCAAAUUGGCCAGAACGCAUGUGAGAAACUCUUGUUGGGAAUGAUGACUGAUUUGCAGAUGACUGGGAGAUCAGGGGUGUUCAUCGUUGACUUGAACAUGUCAGUAGGAAACAUGUUCGAUGCUUUUGCGAAUCUGAAGUCUACAUGGAACAUGCCCGUCUUCUACAUUGGGUGCACUGAUGACUUUCAGACCGCGGAGUGGUUUGGCAUGCAGAAACCGGAAUUGCUUGGACGCCUUCACAUGGAGGGAAACAUAACCAUUCCUGGAUUCCCAAAGCCAGUGCUGGAAUGUCCCUCUGACAUUCUGGAGAAGGAACCAGAGCCUCCGCGCCUCAAUUUGAUGAUUCCACGAUCGGACUUCUACCCAAUGAUUCCACAGAACCUGCUGCAGGAGUAUGGCUCACACGAGCAGUUCGGGGACGAGUUCAAGAGUUUCUUGGACCAGCUGGUGGAGGAGUUCGGACCCAUCCCCCAAGAUUCUGACAAGGAGACUGGGAAGGAGGACAAGGAGAAUGGAAAGGACAAGGAGAAAGACGGGCAGAACAACAAGGAUGGUGAAAACCGAACUGUGCGCAAACGUAAAAAUGCUCAGAAUGGAAAUGAUGCUACGAAGAAACUCAAGGUAGAUACCAACAAGAUCAAAACCAUCGAGUCAGUAGGUGCAGGUGGUGCACUGUUGGAAAUGCCUUUGAUCAAUGCCAAAAUCGAAGGUGUCCAACUUCAUCUGAAGCCCCAGAAUCGUCCCUAUUUGUUCAACACCGGAAAUCAGGAAGCCUCACUCAAGGCAGGACUGAUCCUUUGCGGAUAUGGAAAGGGCAAAUGGAGGCUCGCUGAUGCGCAAUCACAGGAGGCCAAUCCCCGGACAGAAGUGCUCUUCAACUUGACCGGCCCUGAUGAUUUCGUACUCUUCAACGGGCACCUGAAGACCGUGUUCGAGGUUGUUCAAGCCCAGAUGCAGAAGGUCCCCAAAGUCAAAGUUGCAUACCAUGUCAUGGCUGAGGACCCAGAUCAAAAGCGCCCGGGAAAUUUCAAUUUGAAGAGAUCCCAUGAUGUGUGGUGGGUACCCGUGAGUGGUGGUGUUGGGGUUGCCCAAGAAGAAGGUGGUGACGACGAAGGCAAUGGGUCUAGCAAUGGAACCGCUGGGCAGCAGAAUGCAGCCAAGUUGAUCCCAAACACGGUGUGGAACAGUCAUGCCACUAAGAUUGUAUUCUCAGUGAAAUGGGGUGUUUCUGGAUUGAUGCCCAUUCGGCCCCAAGUGGUGCUCAUCCGAGAAGUGAACUUGCCCCCAGCUCGGUGCUGUGAGUUGUUUUAG